AUGGCUCCGUCCGAGAACCCCAGCUACGAUGCGAAUAACCAGUCCGGCAGCCAUUCGAUACCCCUCCAAGACCUUUCAAGACCUCCGGGUACGGUGAUCGCGGAUGGCGCUGGACGCCGGGCGAGGAGUGCUACGAUUGAAGAUGAGCUUCCGGGGAGGCAGACCUCUGUUCGGGGAAUACGGGCUAUAGGCAGGCCGCUCUCGCAACGGUACGAGCGGAUUGCAGAGAACUCGCCUACAGGGGACAGGAGAGCCGAUGAUCCUGAUAACUUCGAAUCCGUCAGUUUGUCUAAUGAUGCCGGGCCGUCGGGCUUCGAUCAUGCUUCAUUUCACCAGAGUACUAUUGGAUUGAGCUUUGGGCCCCAGCAAGUUCGACAUUCGGGAUCUUCUAUGGUCAGAAGGAGUGAUGAUAACAGCUAUUUCGGUGCUUCUGAGGAUACUGUGGGCCAGACUGGAUCGGGAUCGUUCGUCGGGGAGAACGAUUCGUUGCCCCUUACGGAUUCGCGAUAUUUACAGCCAAUUAGUGGCGCUUCUGUCCCAGAUGCACAGGCCCAGGUCAAACGGAAUUCCAAUGAAGACCGAAGUGUUCAUUUUGCUGGAAGUGCUAUGGGAGGUGGUUCUCACCUGGGAGAUGACUUGGAGAGCGGACUUCGGUCGGGGCGAAGCAGCGUACGAAACUCACAUCGAUCUGCUACAGGUCGGCUUUCACCCUCUCCAUCUCCUUCAUCAGCUUUGUCUAGGGCAAGCUCCAUGAUGAGAAUGGUCUCGCAGCGUGUUGUCAACCUAAGUAAUGAACCGGAGGUUAUCGAAAGUGUUAUGAGACAGAAAUCAGUACUUAAACAUGCCCGCCUGGAUGAACCCCCCUCUUUACCCGCCAUGUUCGAAUAUGCGCAUGAUGUUGCGUCCUCAGAGACCGUAAAUGAGGGGGGACAAGAAAAAAGGUCUUCAAAACCAAAACGGAAACAUGGACAUCCGGCCAUAAGUCCAUUAAGGGGUAAAGCGUUGGGCAUAUUCUCGGCAGACAAUCCGGUCCGGAGAUGGCUGUGUGAACUCCUGGUACAUCCCGCAACGGAGCCAAUAAUUUUGAUUCUUAUCAUCAUCCAGACAAUUCUACUAGCCAUCGAAUCAUCUGUUCACACUGGCCGAAAAGGAAGCUGGUCUUCUCCCGUUGUCGACAUCCUCUUCCUAGCAAUCUUCAUCAUAUAUACCCUUGAAUUGAUAGCCAGGACCAUCGUGUCGGGAUUCAUUCUCAAUCCCGAGGAGUACAGCACUCUCGACCGCUCAGCAGGGUUUCGGAAUGCUGUAAUGAUAAAAGCAAGAGAGCUGUUUUCGUUGCAGCGGCAGCCAUCAACAAAGAAGCCUGCAGAUCCGCAGCAAAUGUCUAUUAUCAGGUCAUUCACCACAAUGCAACAACAAGCGGAUGAAGUUGGAGAUAGUCGACAACAGCAGCGUAUCCGACUUGCCCGCCGAGCUUUUCUACGACAUUCAUUCAAUAGGCUGGAUUUUCUAGCCGUUGUGUCAUACUGGAUUGCAUUUGCUUUGUCCGUCUUGUCCAUCGACACAAAUCACCACAUUUACAUAUUUAAAAUGCUAAGCAGUCUCCGGAUUCUUCGUCUUCUUGCUUUGACAAGUGGAACAACUGUGAUUCUUCGAAGUUUGAAAAAGGCAGCACCUCUUCUAGUCAAUGUUGCCUUCUUCAUUUGCUUUUUCUGGCUUCUCUUUGCCAUAAUUGGAAUCCAGAGCUUUAAGUCUAGCCUUCGUCGGACUUGUGUUUGGGUGGAUCCAUUGGGUGUAAGCAAUUUCACCUUUAACCAAGCUCCGGAUACAGUUCAGUUCUGUGGAGGCCACCUAGAUAAUAUCACUGGCCUGGCUAAACCCUGGAUCCAUGCCAACGGGCAAAACGGAACGACAUCUCCAAAAGGGCAUCUCUGCCCCCAGGGAUCUCUAUGCAUCGAGGGCAGUAAUCCAUAUGCAGGUACCAUGAGUUUCGACGAUGUGUUGCACUCUCUCGAACUUGUUUUCGUUAUAAUGAGCUCAAAUACCUUUUCCGAUCUCCUUUACUUCACCACAGACAGCGAUUACCUUGCUGCCUCCCUCUUCUUCAUCGCCGGCUUCAUCUUCCUUAGUUUAUGGCUCGUCAACUUGCUAGUAGCUGUUAUCACCUCCUCCUUUCAAGUUAUUCGAGAAGAAAGCAAGCGAAGCGCAUUUACCGCUGAUAGAAUCGACGAUGUUGGACCAGAGGACACGUCUUUUCGCAGGGUCAGCAAACUAAAACGGCUCUUUAACCGUACAAACUACGUUUGGAUUGGCAUCAUAGCAUUCGGUCUAAUAGUUCAGUGCCUGAGGAGCUCCUCGAUGAGCUCCAACCGAAAAGAGCUUAUUGAUAGCACAGAAUCUGCCGUCACCGUCAUCCUCUUUAUCGAAAUUUGUUUCCGCAUUGGGGUAGAUUGGAGAAAUUUUUUUAAAUCCCGACAGAACUGGGCCGAUCUCAUCCUUGCCAUCAUCACAAUGGUGAUGCAAAUUCCUCCCAUCCGCUCGUCUGGUGGCGUCUACGCAGCAUUAUCCAUCUUCCAGGUACUCCGGGUGUAUCGGAUAGUACUGGCCUUUUCGCUGACAAGAACCCUUAUUAUGACUGUGUUUAGCAACAUCGUCGGUCUAUUCAACCUCAUUAUCUUCGUCUUUUUGAUCACCUUUCUAACCUCCAUAUUUGCUGUCCAAUUGUUCCGUGACCAGAUACCUGCCAUGGACUCGGAUGGCGAAGUUACUCGAACUACAUUCUCCAAUAUAUAUAACUCGUUCCUGGGGAUGUAUCAGAUCCUCUCUAGCGAGAAUUGGACGUCGAUUCUAUAUUCGGCUACCGAAGCUAAUAGCCCUAGAGGCACAGCCUGGAUUUCAGCGGCCUUUUUCAUCAUGUGGUUUGUGCUCGCUAACUUUGUUGUGUUGAACAUGUUUAUUGCUGUCAUCCAGGAGAGCUUUGAUAUUUCUGAAGAUGAGAAACGGCUCUAUCAGGUCAGAGCAUUCUUACAACAGAAACAACUAAGCGAAUCAUCCCAUGGGAAUCUUGCCUUGUCCAGCAUAUUUAAACUUGGCCGUGGCCGUGAACGAUAUAGAGACCCGCUUGAUCAUGGCCCUGCAGCACUUGAAAUGCUUCUAAAAGAAGCAGUGGUUCAAGACUUCUUAGACGAGACAUCACCACUGCGGCCCAUGGAAACCCAGCCAACGGAACACCCGCCGGAGCAACAGGCUGUGCAGCCAGGAUUCUUCUCCCGUAUCUUCAACAAGUUAACAGAGCGUGUGUUGAACCGGGAGCCGAACCCUUUUUAUUCGAAACUCAAGUUCUCAAGGGACCAUGACGAACUAGACCCAGCAGCAAUGGCAAAAGAAGUUCUCUCAGCUGCCGAACAAAGAAAACGUGCCCAACGACAAUACCUCCAGAGGUACCCAAAGUAUAAUGUUUCUCUCUAUAUUUUUACGCCCUCUAAUCCUAUCCGCCGCAUUUGUCAACGAAUGGUAGGACCGGGCCGUGGAAAAUCCCGUAUUGAAGGAGUGGAUCCAUACAAGCCGGUGUGGUACCUUUUUUCAGCAUUCAUUUACGCUGCCAUUGUUUCAAUGGUGCUAAUUGCUUGUAUCUGCACUCCAUUGUACCAACGCGCGUACUUUGAGACCCAUGGCCCCGGCAUCCACAAUUGGUUCGUAUGGACGGAUCUAUGGUUUGCCAUUCUUUUCAGUGUUGAGGCUGUUAUCAAGGUGAUAGCAGACGGCUUUUUCUGGACACCAAAUGCCUACUUCCGUGGAUCUUGGGGCUUCAUUGACGGUAUUGUUCUUAUCACUUUGUGGGUGAACGUUGUGGCUGCUUUGUAUAGAACGGGUGAUGUUUCGCGAGUCGUUGGUGCGUUCAGGGCACUCAGAGCAUUGAGACUGUUGAAUGUCAGCGAAAGUGCAAGAGAAACAUUCCAUUCCGUGAUAGUAAUGGGUGGAUGGAAAGUCAUUUCAGCUGCCUUUGUUUCCAUGAGUUUCCUCAUUCCAUUCGCCAUUUAUGGCUUGAAUCUUUUCAAUGGACAAAUGAAACAAUGCAACGACGGGGAUUUCGGUUAUGUUUCCCUGGCGCAUUGUGUUGGAGAAUAUAAAAGCUCUCAAUUCCAAUGGCAGGUACUUGCGCCUCGAGCCGUGCACAACCCAUUCUACAGCUUCGACAACUUCGGAAGUUCCCUUUUCAUCCUUUUCCAGAUUGUGUCUCAGGAAGGGUGGACUGAUGUGUUAUGGAAUGCCAUGAGUAUCACUGGCGUGAACAAACAGCCUCAACCGUUUUCAUCCCAAGCGAACGGCUUAUUUUUCGUGGUGUUCAACCUGCUCGGUGCAGUUUUCGUCCUUACUCUGUUCGUCUCUGUCUUCAUGCGAAACUACACGGAACAAACCGGUGUGGCCUUCUUGACGGCAGAACAGCGGUCGUGGCUGGAAUUGCGCAAGCUUCUGAAGCAGAUAUCCCCUUCUAAGCGAUCUCUUAACAAAGGCAAUAACAAAUUCAAAGCUUGGUGCUAUCGAGUUGCGGUUAAAAAACAUGGGAGAUGGGCCCGGUUUAUCACGGGAUUGCUCUUGGUCCACCUCGUUCUCCUGGUCCUCGAGUUUUACCCGGAAGUUGACUGGUGGGAGAGGACAAGAGACGCCCUGUUCCUCUUCCUCACCCUAUUCUAUAUCGCCAACGUUGUCAUCCGUCUUGUCGGCCUAACUUGGCCUCGGUUUCGCCGCAGCUCAUGGGAUCUCUACUCCAUUCUAUCUGUAGUAGGAACCUUUAUCACGACACUACUUGCCCUGAUCAAUGAUAAAAGCAUAGUCUUCGCCCAGCUUCACAAACUAUUCCUGGUGUCCAUUGCACUCCUCAUUAUACCACGCAACAACCAACUUGACCAGCUCUUCAAGACUGCUGCGGCUAGUUUGACAUCAAUCGGUAACCUGUUGGCCACCUGGUUUAUCCUUUUCCUCGUCUACGCCAUAGCAUUGACUCAGAUCUUCGGCUUGACCAAGUUCGGGGGCUCUGAAACGAGCAAUCUCAAUUUCAGAAGCGUGCCUAAAGCGCUAAUCCUCCUAUUCCGCAUGAGCUGUGGUGAAGGGUGGAAUCAAAUUAUGGAAGACUUUGCAACGAUGGAGCCACCUUACUGCACACUCGGCGAGAAUUUUUAUAGGAGCGACUGUGGCAGUGCCGCCUGGGCUCGAACGCUGCUUAUCUCAUGGAACAUUCUGAGCAUGUACAUCUUCGUCUCUCUAUUUGUUUCACUCAUCUUCGAGAGCUUCUCCUACGUCUAUCAGCGGAGCAGUGGCCUGUAUGCGAUCAGCAGAGAUGAAAUCCGCCGUUUCAAACAGGCGUGGUCUACCUUUGACCCAGACGGAACGGGAUAUAUUUCAAAAGAGGCCUUCCCAAGACUUUUAGGAGUAAGUAUUAUCCCGUCUGUUCAAUUCUAUUUUAAUUGAAUGCUUGUUAACGCUUUAUGCUUAGGAACUUUCUGGCGUGUUCGAGAUGCGUAUAUACGAAGGAGAUUUUACCGUCGGCCGCAUUCUAGAAGACUGUCGUGUCAAUGUUCGAGAGUCAGAAUUAUCGCAUUCUCGAUCUGUGGGUGAACUAGAUCUCAAGAAGCUUAUGCUCCGUCUUUCCCAUCUUCCUGUUGCCGAAAUACGCAAAAGACGUGCACGCUUGAACGCCUUUUACGAGGAAGUGCUUGUCUCAGCUGAUCCAGAACGAGGAAUAUCUUUUACUUCAUGUCUUAUGAUCCUUGCUCAUUACAAUGUUAUCACUGACAGCAAGAGUUUGAGGCUGGAAGAGUUCCUACGGCGACGUGCCCGUCUACAGCGAGUUGAGGAAGCCGUCCGCCGAAACGUGGUAGUCGGAUUCUUCAACACGCUCUAUUGGUCGAGGCGAUUCCGACAACGUAUUCAAGCACGCCAUGACUCUCGCCUGGUCUCGGUACCACAGUUCUCUGUUCCGGAGAUAUAUGUCGAGGACGAGGACGGCCUUAUGGACGAGGAUCAAUCGAGACGAGCAUCAGAAGACCGUGCAAGAUCACCAGAAGGAUCCCCAAGCCGGAAAGCCCCGCGCAUCGCUCUUCCAAAGAUCGAGACCAACAUGUUUGGCGACGAGGCUCAUAGACUCCCGUCACCUACACAUUCCGACUGGGGUAACUUCAAUCCUUCUCUGACGCCUCAAAGUCCUACUACGACGUACGAUAGCAGCAUGCCUCGCGAUGAGUCGGGUGAAGGGCAUGGCCACCAACGCGGUGACAGCUCUGUGAGCGUACAGAACGUACAAGACGUGCUGGACUCCUUCGAUCACUCUGUAUGGGGCGAAAGUAUCAGACGAAGCUUCACCCGUCGUCGGUCCCACGGCUCAGCAGGCGAGUAGGCGCAGUCACCCAGCCUUUUUCUUUUUCUUCCCCGACUUCUUUUACCCUCGAGUUACCUUUACCAAGGUGAAAAUACCUAUCAGCCCCCUUUGUGGAUACUCCCUUAGUAUGGGGAAAUGCAGAAACGACAGACAUGACCAACUCAUCCGAGAAAACCAAAAAAGCACAGAACAACCCCGAACCAAUUCCGAAAUGCAAGAAGAAAAAUUACUUGUCUCUGUCCCGUCUAUACAGUAAUGCAUAUAUGAGACCCCCUUGAUAGCAGCGAAAACGGGAUCUCAUGGGAGUUUUUGUUCGAGUUUUUCUUCUCCUUCCCUCCCGCUUUUUCUUCAAUCCUUGUUAACGGACGAGAUGCUUUGAUUUUUACCCUUUGAAAUCCCCCCCCUUUUUCACCACGUUCUGUUCUUGUAUAUGUGCUGAUAACUCCAACUUGUUCCCCACCCUUUGAUUUGAUUCUCCUUUUUUUCAGCUUGAGAGUAUUCUUGACGGUUUAAGUGAUUCGAGACGGUUUGACCAAGUUGUUGGCUAGAGCUUUGGGAGUUUUCUUUGCUGUUAACUAUCAUAUCCCUGUUUCCCCCCCUUGCAGAUUCGCGCAUAGACACCCAUCCUUCCAUCCAAGUGCAGCGCGUGCGUUCGACCUCGCCUUAGACAGCUGUUUUUUUGUUGUACAUACCAUAGCCUUCCCUUCCACACAGCCAAUAAUUCCUAAUAAUAGUUUCCCAGCGUCUGACUGUCUGCCUGCCUGGUUCGCACAAGCAACCGGCCUAGCAGCGAGUUCUCUCCUUCGUGAGCCCGAAGAUCAAACACGCAGAGAUUCGUAACCAGCUCCAUCCAAACCCGCGGACCGGUCAGUUCUCGGACAGGCCCAGCCAGCGGACCGCCCUGGCGCCGGGGAAGGUGGC